CAGAGCUAACCGAGAGAAGCAGACUGGGGUGACAGGGAAAAGCAGUGAUAACAAACAAAGAAGAGGCUUGCUAGUGACUCUUAAGCUGGGAGCCGAUCAACAAGAAGAAAAAUAUGGGGAAACUACUCCUGGUUUUCUUCGUUUUUGUCCUCUGUAUAAGCAGUACACAGCAGAAAAAAGGACAAAAGAGACGGAGGGAGCAGAAAAACAGCUCUGAGGUUGUUUUUCCCAUGCCCAGAGCAUUUAAAGGGGCCCCAGUCAUUAACAUUCAGCCCUUCGUAAAUGGGACUCAGGCUUCCUUUCUAAAUUAUUCCCCUCCAGCUCUGAACUUGCUCAACAACAGCACAGUGCGGUACCUCGGUGGUUCUCUGAGCACCCGAGUCAUUCCCAUUAUUUACAUGUUGGUGGUUACAGUUGGGAUUCCAGCCAACGUCAGUAUCUUGUGUUUGCUAGUGACUAAAAUCCGAAAGGUGUCUUCUGCCAUCCUCUACUGCAGCCUGGCUGUCUCCGACCUCUUCCUCCUCCUCUCCCUCUUCUUUAAGGCUCACUACCAUUUCCAUGGAAACCGCUGGGUUCUUGGAGAGACUGCUUGUCGAGUUGUUACGGCAUGUUUCUACGGCAAUCUCUACUGCUCGGCCAUGAUGCUGGCUUGCAUCAGCAUCGAGCGCUACCUGGCUGUGGUGUACCCGUUCUUGUACAAAAGUAUGCCCAAGAGGCUGUGUGCUGCCUGGGUGAGCCUGGUUCUGUGGGGGGUGUUUGGUGUCGCCAUCAUCCCAGAGCUCAUCGUCCAGCAGAGCUACUGGCUCCCUCAGCUCAACCGCACAACCUGCCAUGAUGUGUUGCCCCUGGAUCACAGCUCUCACAUGUUUCUGCUCUACUAUCACCUGAUUCUUAUUGUCUUAUUUCUUAUGGUUCCGCUAGUGGUUACAAUUGCGUGUUUUGCCCGAAUCAUCAACGAGUUAACAAGAUCACACUUUGACUGGGGAAUGUACAUCAAGGCCAGCUCACUGGUGUUUAGUAUCUUUCUGGUGUGCUUUGUCCCCUCUGGAGUCCUACACUUUGUCCAUUACGUCCAACUGUUUGUGAAUGGAACUGAAACCCUGUAUAUGUACUUUAAUGUGGCAGUGUGUUUGUGCUGUGUCCAUGCCUGUCUGGAUCCCUUUCUUUUUCUUCUCAUGUCCAAAUCUGCAAGCUCCAGGCUUUACUUCAUGUCUUUCAAAGGCAAGACGCUGAGCAUAUCUUUCUAAUAGAAACCUGUUUAACAGUGUUAAAAAGUAAGUGAUCAUAUUUCUUAUUUUUGUGGAUGAUGAUGAGGGAAAUGUUCUCCUUGGCAGGAAUCCAAAGAGAGAUCAAAAGCACAUAUUUUUCAUUUAAAACUAUAAAUGGAUUUCAUCAUUGUUGUAUUAACCUUAUUCUAUGAGUCAUAAUUGUUGUUUUAUUAUAAAGGUUCUGUUUUUGUGACACCCACACACAAAACGUACCUCCUAUAUUUAAAAACUAGAAAACAAUAAGAAACUUGAAAGUGUAAAAGAAAAAAGAAAACUAAUGUAUACAUACAUAAUACAUUUUCCUGUUUAAUGACAGUAGUGGCAGCAAGAUUUACAGCAUGUAGGGUCAUUUUAUGCUUACUGUAAUUCACAAGUUAUUUGAAAAAAAUGCAGUGCAAUGAUACAUUUAAUAUGAGUUUUAGUGUCUGCCAUGUGGUUGCUAUUAUAAUAGUAUUUUAGUAAAGCUACUGUAAUCUGUAAAAUGCAUCUACAUAUGUUCAUGUUCCCUGAAUUUCAUUUUUCUCUCUACAGUGUUUACAGUAAUUUCCCUACUAUUCUCUGUUGUGUAACUACCCUGAAGAUUUGAGCUGGAAGUUAAUGUCAUGAUGGGCUUUAGCUAAAACAUAGCUGUGUGUUUUUAUGUCAAUUUGUAUAUGUAUAUAGUAUAUGGAUGUACAUAGAAGAUGAAAGGAUGUAUAUUAUUUUUUAAAUUAAAUAAUAAAUAUAAUUAAUAAAUGUGUCAAGUAAGAAUACUAUACAUCUAAACUUAAAAAAAGAUUUCAUAACCUUUUUGAACUUUUACAGUAGUAUAUAACUACAUUCUAUACAUUUCUGUAUCUCCGGCUUUCCUGUGAACUUUUCAAAGAUAUCAUCCGUUAUUAAACUACUCUACUUCUCUCUGCUCUCUA